AUGGGCUUCAACCCGACAGAAUUUAAAGGUCUCUUCUUCGAUAUCUAUGCGACACUGAUAGACUGGGAGGCUGGAAUCUACCCACAACUUCUAUAUCUCGCCCAAAGUCUUCCAACAGGUCACGCUCGACGAGCUGAUAAUGCUGAGAAUCGUAAAUGGUUGCUGAAAGCAUAUGCAUCCAAUGAAAUGGCAGUUGAGCACGAGAACCCUACAUUGCCAUACACUCAAAUCCUGGAGGAAGUCUACAGUCGAAUAGGGUCAGACUUGGGUGUUCAAGUCGAUCAGGCGGAUAAGGCUGCGUUUGGGCGCAGUAUCGGAGACUGGCCAGCAUUUCCGGACACCGUCAAGGCAAUGCAAGUGCUCGCAAAGCACUACAAGCUUUUCGUGCUGAGUAAUGUCGACAAUGCAUCCUUCGAUAGAACUCGGACAGGGCCAUUGAAGGGCGUCCAUUGGGAUGGGAUUUAUACCGCUGAGCAAAUUGGGUCGUACAAGCCGAAUCCCAAUAACUAUAAUCACGUUGUCACUCGACUUGAUGAGGAUUUUGGUAUUAAAAAGGACCAGAUUUUGCUGGUGGCACAAAGCCUGGAUAUCGAUCAUGCUUCUGCAAAGGCAUUGGGUUUUAAACCUGCUGUGUGGAUCGCAAGAAGUAAUUCCUCUAUGGGAGGAAAUCGGGAGGAGCUCGAAUCCAAAGGGUUGAUUGAAUUGGGAGCCGAGUUCAGUACUUUGGGUGAUUUGGCUGAAGCUGUGGAGAAGGCAUUCUCAGGGCAAGAUUGA